AUGUACUCUCUCCGUAUCGCCCGUGCGGCUCUUGUGAGGCCCGCUCUGAAGAUUAGCGCCCCCUCCGCUACUCGCGGUUUCGCGCAAACCGCCUCGGUCAAAGCCGACAUUAUCUCGCAAAUCUACCUGCAGCAGUUGAAGGCCUACACCCCACCAAAGGAUACUGGAGCUAAGGUGGACCUUCCAACCUCCUUCGCUGCCCCCGCUCCGCCUCCCAAGCCGGAGUUGGACGUGACCGUCGCUGAGGCGUCCGGAGCUGUGGAGCAGGGUGUUGAGGAGGAGCAAUGGCCCCCGGUGUACAACCCCAUCGAUGACCCAGCUAACUACCCUGAUGAAUACGACUUCACCACCGACAACGAUGACGGCGCUUUGUUCCCCAAGCGUCUGCACCCUAUCGAUUACUUCCACCACUAA